AUGGCGACGGAUAACGAUACCAAGAAUAGGGUUGCCACGAGAAAACAGCGGUUCAAAGUGCUCGCCUCAUUUGAGCCGGCGCAGAUACACGAGUUUAAGAUCAUUUUCGACAUCAUUGACCAAAACCGCGACGGACUUAUCGACAAAAAAGAUUUGCACGGUAUACUUGUUUCUCUGGGUAAGUGAAGCAUGUUAUCAUCACUGUUAAUGUAGAAACGAACGUUGGAUAUAACACGUCAUAUAUCAUUCAUAAUGUUCUCCCGCAGGCAAAAACCCCACCGACGAUUUUUUGGAGGUCAUGAUAAACGACGCGCCCGGGCCGAUCGAUUUCACCACAUUCCUGAUGGUUUUCGAAGAGAAACUCCGAGGCACAGACCCGGGAAACGUGUUGAAAAACGCUUUCGGUAAUUUCGACAAAAACAACAAGGGCCUCGUUGACGCGGAACAACUCAGGGAGCUUUUGGUUACUACUGGAGACAAAUUCACCGAUAAAGAAGUACGUCUGAAUCCCGUUUUGAUUAUGUACGUUAUAAAUACAUGCAAACCCGUACUAUCUACUCUUAAGAAGUAGUUGCAGUAAUCAUUAGAAAGGGCGUCUAAACCAGUAGUGGCAUAUUUACGGUGUAGUUUUGGGAAUAUCUAUUAUCCACUUACCUACAGAGGCUUUUACAAUUUGUCUCAUGUAGGUCAAAUUUUAUCCAUACUUAUAAUAAAAAAAUUCGUUCAAAAUAUAAAAAGUCGAUAGUUAUCAUAGAUUUAAUAUAUAUUGUUAGCAAGGAAAAUAUUGUAAAAAUUAUACUACUACUCAUACUUACAAAAAAAAUUGUGAAAUUUAAGUUGAAAGUUGAAAUCCUCAAAUGGCACACCCUUGAAAAUAUAACGCUGUACAUAUACACCAUUUUUAUCCCCCUGACUUCAAUUGAGGAGAUUGAAAAACUGUACAAAGUUUAAAAAAGCACCCACCUGGAAUAACGUGAUUAUAUUCUUAUUAAAAUACAAUUUAAUACUUAUCAAUCAGCCUAUAAACAACUCUGGUUUCCGAGUUUUAGUUUAAUUGGUCCAGAAAAAGCCGCUGGAAAGGUCUAAAAGUAGCGGGCGGAAAAUAUAUAUAUAUAUAUAUUGCACAUACCUAUAUUAUACAAACACAAUAAAAUUCAAUAAUCUUUAUGUUUUCGGGAGGACGAGUUGUAAAAAAAAAAAAUCAUUUGCAACGCAACAUAAUACCUUUCGUUUUUGACGAUGAGUUUUCUAAAUAUACGAGUAUAAUAUAAAAUGUUUGUUUUCCAGGUUGAUGAAAUAUAUCAUGAUGCUCCCAUUUUAGAUGGAUUCUUCGAUUACGUCGAGUUUACGCGUAUUUUAAAACACGACGUAAUAGAAAAAGACCAAAUUUAG